GCCACUCUAACUGACAUUUCUUUUAAAUUCAGCUAUGGAGAGUGCCUCAGAUGCCAGCUGCUGGCUUGUGAACUUUUAUCCUCUAUUCUUUUUGCUUUAACUCAUUAAUGGAACCUCACGGAUGCUGAGGAGUAAAACAGUUUUCUCUGCGUGCUUUUUUUCCUGUCUUUUUGAUGUGUGGUGGAAAAGGGACAGUGAAAGAAGAAGCACUUAUUUUUGCUUAAGGACUAUAUUUACUUACCUGAAGUUAACCAAAUUAGCUCUGGCAUCCAAGAUGGAUCUCAAGAGUGCUCUGGAGGAAUGUUCAGUGGCACUGAAUUUGUUUCUAAAUAAUAAGUUCUCUGAAGCCCUGGAAUUACUUCGUCCAUGGUCUAAAGAUAGUAUGUACCAUGCCCUUGGGUACAGCACUAUUUUAGUUAUGCAAGCUGCUAUGACCUUUGAACAACAGGAUAUACAAAUGGGAAUUUCCACAAUGAAAGAAGCUUUGCAAACCUGCCAAAGAUUCAGGAAAAGAAACACAGUGGUAGAGUCGUUGUCCAGUCUAGUUUCUAAACAGUCAGUGGAUCAACUGAGUGAAGAGGAAAUGCAUGCUGAAAUCUGCUAUGCGGAAUGCUUACUGCAGAAAGCAGCUCUCACCUUUGUACAGGAUGAAAAUAUGAUCAACUUUAUCAAAGGUGGCCUCAAAAUUAGGACAAGUUACCAAAUAUACAAAGAAUGUCAUCAGGUUCUACAGAUGACUCAGGGGAACAAAAGCAAAAAUGAAACUUACCACCAGUUUGAAGGAGGAGUAAAACUUGGAAUUGGAGCAUUCAAUCUGAUGCUGUCGCUUUUACCAGCAAGGAUCCUCCGAUUUUUAGAAUUUAUUGGAUUUUCUGGCAAUAGGGAGCUGGGCCUCUAUCAACUAUGGGAAGGAGCAUCUGGCAGCAGUUUGAGAGCCAUUCUGUGUACUUUCACCCUGUUGGUUUAUCAUACUUAUGUCUCCUUGAUCCUUGGUACAGGGGAUACCAACCUUCAGGAAGUAGACAGUCUCCUUGAACCCUACCUCCAGAAAUUUCCAAAUGGUUCCAUUAUACUAUUUUAUGCUGCCAGAAUAGACAUACUGAAAGGAAAUUUUGAAAAGGCGCAGUUAACAUUCCAAGACUGCAUAGCAGCCCAGCAAGAAUGGAAGCAGAUUCAUCACCUCUGUUACUGGGAACUGAUGUGGUGCUACACCUUCCAGCAGAACUGGCUUCAGGCAUAUCGGUAUGCAGACCUGCUGAGCAAAGAGAGCAGGUGGUCUAAGGCAAUAUAUGUAUUCCAAAAAGCAGCAAUUUUAUGUAUGCUUCCAGAGGAUGAAUUGAAAAGUACCGGUGAGGACAUUGUAUCUUUGUUCAGACAAGUGGAUGGUCUAAAACAGAGAAUUGCGGGAAAAUCUAUUCCAACUGAGAAGUUUGCAGUAAGGAAGGCCCGGCGCUAUGCAAGUGCUCAACCUGUGAAGCUGAUAUUACCUGCCUUGGAAAUGAUGUAUGUCUGGAAUGGCUUUGCAAUUGUGGGCAAAAGAGCAGACCUCACUGAAAAUUUAUUGGUGACAAUCGAAAAAGAAGAAACUGCUCUAAAAAAUGAAACUAGCCACACUGAAUACUAUAUGGAUGAUGUGUGCAUGUUGCAGUUACUGAAAGGCCUUUGCCUUAAACACUUGGGAAGACUCAUGCAAGCUGAACUAUGUUUCAAUCAAGUAAUUCAAAGUGAGAAGCAAAUAAAAUAUGAUAGCUAUUUGGUGCCAUUCACCAUGUAUGAGCUGGGACUUCUAUACAAACAACAGGAUGAGAGAGAAAAAGCUAUAAGAUACAUAGAAACUGCAAAAAACAACUACAAAGAAUACUCUAUGGAGUCCAGAUUGCACUUCAGGAUUCAUGCAGCACUCGACAGCUUGAAAGUGUCACCUGCUUCAACACCUUGAAUGAGGAGGGAUGUAUUUCAUGCAUAUAAUGCAUGCAAUAGUCUGCACAAUCUUUUUGCAAUGUUUUUUAAAUCUUCAAAAAGAAACAACCUAGUGAUUGUUUUCUGACAUCUCUGAUUUGAUGUAUGUUAUUUCUUUAGACGUUCUUUUUCUUUAUGGCUCACAUAUACUGUAUCUACUUGAUACUUUAAAAAUGACCUUAUAUUUUAUUUGAUAAAAAUAACUUAAUAUUUGACUUAGUGGGGGAUAUUUAAAAAACAGUUGAUGGUGCAAUAAAAUUUAAUUCAAACACUUUAUUUUUUUAUAUAAAAACAGAUGCUGGCUAUGCAGCGGAACUGGUGAUAAUUUCAGCCUUUUGAGAAGGUUUGAUUUUCUGCAGGAUUGUUUUGCCUCUGGAACAGCAGUGCAAUGGUUGCAGUAACCUGUAUCCAUAUUUAGCGUACCAUAUUCUGAAACUUGCAUUCCAGAGGAAAAAAUCUUCAUUUUUGACUUAAUUUCAUUUUGGGAACAAAAUGAAUUUGUCUGAAGUGCAAUAUUUUUAUAUCUUUUAAGGUAAAGUUAAGCAGAGCUACAGGCAAAAAAUCUCUGCAGCUCUAAUUCACUCAAAAUAAGUGGUCACAGGGGACAUUUAUCAGUGAUAGAAAAGCAGGGCUACUAGGGACAUUAAGAGACCAUCUGUUAUGUAUUCCCACCCUUGAAGUGGAAUCAAGGUCUUACAUUAUUCCUUGCAGAUGCUUGUUUAAACUAUUAAAAAAAAAAAAAACAAAAAACAAAAUUGUAACUUGCACAAGCAGUGUUUUCCAGUGCUUUGUUAUUUCUAUGGAUAAAUUUUUUCCUGGUGUCUACCCCCAGAUAAUUCCUUAACUGAAACUGAUUACUUUCCAUCUUCCGUGUCAUGGAUCUAGACAAUGGAUUGUUCUCUUCCUUUUCUGAAGCAGUCUUGCAAUAUUUGAAGACUGGCUCUUUCGUUGCUCCUUUUGGUUCUUGGAUUCCAGUCAGAACAAAUAAAACCUUGCAGAACAUAGUUGUUUUCCUGAUCUUUGGGAAUAACUGAUAGUAAUCUGAGUUGCAUUUGCAUCAAAAAGAGAAUCCAAUUUUAAACUUGGAAUUAAGAAAGUGCAUAUUUCAACCAUAACUUUCUGCCAAAAAAGUGGGCGUUGAGAUAUGGUUGUAAGUUUUGUUUUCUCAUUAGUAUGUGGAGAACAUAAUCAAAUUUAGUUUCCCAAUUCAUUUCUAAUACUUCUGCAAGUUUUACUAGCGCUGUAUUCUUAGCUAAGAAUAUACCUGACAUACUAAACACUGGAACAAGCUUUGUAGAGAGCUGGUUGAUACCCUGUGACUCUUGGUGUUCAAGAGGCAUUUGGAUAUUGCCCCCAGUAGUAUGUUUUAACUUUUGGUUGGCCCUGAAGAGUUCAGGCAGUUGGACAAGAUGAUCGUUGAAGGCUGCUUCCAACUGUUCUGUUAAGCUCUCUUCUAAUCUCUUCUGUUCAUCCCCAGUAACUGUUCUGCCACAAAUGACUGCAAAACCUGCCAAUCUCCAUAUUUUAGUAAUUCUAGUAUAGCUGUUUUCCUAUCAUAUUGGUAGUGACUCAGUAUGUGAUUCUCUGCCCUCAGCUCCCACCCAAGAGAAAAGAAAGUAGGUGAAAAAACCUCUCCUCCUAUGAUGAACUAUAAAAUUCUAAUUAAUAAGUAAAUCUACUGUAAACACUGUAAUUAAGAACACGGCUUUUUUCCAUCACUAUAAAUGAGUAAUUAAGUUGCAUAAAAAUCCAUAAUACAACUCAAAUAAGAGUUUAUAAAUAGGAGCUAAAUAAAUACAACAGGUCUUUCAAAGCAGAAGGCUAUUCCAAAGUCUGUUGUCUUCACUGAUUUGGAUUUUUGUCUGCCUGUUAUAAAUGUGCAGUUAAACUAUUGGGCUGAAUUACUCACGUUUGAAGGGUAAAUACCAUAGACACUGAUUCAUCGACGCUUAUUUCAGACUGUGCUCUCUUAACUUUAGAUAAAGUAUAAAAUACAUUUGGCUCUUUAUCAACCAAGACUAGCAUAUGCCACCACUUCUUAGAUUUCUUGUCCUUCUGUACACAUCUGAUAAUAAAUGAUAGGCAGCAAAAUUGAAUUUCUCUUAUGUUUUGAGACAAUAUUUUUAUUGGACUAUUUGUAUAUUUUCAUUUUAAUAUUAGGAUUAACUGUGGUUCAGUCUGGUUAUUAGGUUACAGCAGUCAAAUGGGAGCACUUCAAUUUCUUGUGAAAAGUGAUGAAAACAGUAACUGGUGGAACUUCAGUAGCUUCUGUUUCAGAUACUGAUUCACUCCACUGAAGAGUAAGGACUGAGACUACAGAGUCAGGAUGGAGCAUGAAGUAGUCUCUGCUCUCUUGUUUUUGUUCAGAAUGUCUUACAUUUAGUAUUUGAUUGGAGAUUUGGAGUAGAAAUUGAAAUCAACAAGAUAUAAGAAAAAAGAGCUUCCUAAGAAACUGAUUUUUUUUUUUUUUUUUUGGUAGUUUAGUUAUAAAUGUUAUUUAGCAGUGUACUUUAUUGAUAAUACAGACUGCGGAGGUAAAGGUGAUCUUUAUUUUCUUCACUUCAACCUUCCAAAGACAAUAUCACAUUCUGUGCAUGUUAGUUUUCUUUUUCUCUUUUGGGAUCACCCUUUUGCACAGCUGCAGAGAACAGGCAUAUCAACACAAAUUUGCUAUAUAGUCUAAUAUUUUGAUGCCCUGAGGUCCCCAGUCUAAGUACCCUUUACAGUCUGUGUCCCUUUCUUUGCUGCUAUUCCAAACUUAUCUGAUAGAAUCUUGAGCAAUCAGGUUUUCUUAGCUUUAUUCUGGAUAUUAUAAAAAACCACAAAACUUAUUAACAGUAGAAAUGCAACCAUGUAAGAGUGAUGUGUAGCCCUUCGUAUAGGAUAGGUCUUAAUAGAUCUCUAGAGAUGCUUUUCCAAACACUGCAGAGGAAGCGCAUGGCUAUGGUCUGCUUUUACACAAUGCAUCACUGAUGCAAUAAUAUUUAGUACAUUGUGUGUAAGUUAGGAUAAGUGAUUUGUGGGUAAGAGUUUGAAUGAAAAGUCGUAUGUUCUUUUUUUACUUGCUGCAUACUGUACUUGGCCUUAAAUACAACUCUGACUUAGUUUUAAUGCUGUUUAGAAUCUUCACCUCAUUUGUUUAAGUCCUAGGGCAGUUUUGCAUAAUGUGCUGAAACUUUGAAACUGAGCAUUUUCUUACGAUGCUGUAACAUCUGUUGAUGGUAGUAGGGGGAUUAUAAUGGAACUAGGCUAAGCCCUUAGUUUAAGCAAGCAAGUCUGAACUUGUAAUGUUAUGACAGAGGUCAUAGGUGGAUUUUUUUUGAGGUGAGGGUUAAUAAAGCAGUUCGGUUACAAGACAAAGCUUCUGUUCAGUUGAGAUCUGUCUUCUUGGAAAACCAAAAAACCGCCUCGUCUGUGCAUAGCAGUCAUGUUUACUGUCUUGGAGAGCAAUCAUCGUAUUUUGAUUUUUAUGUACUAGAUCACCACUUGAACAUAUUAAAAGAAAGCUGAUUAAAGGUUGUUUUUCAUUUUUGUUCUAAUACACGAGGGUAGCACUGUAUUGAGGAAGAUGUAUAAUGAUUGGAUCCUGUCAUGUUUCUAAAAUACCUUGCUACUAGCUUAAGUAUGAAAGAAGUCAUUUAUUGUGACAAAUCCUCCUUAACUUUGCAAUUAUUUUUUUAUUAAUCUUCAUGUUUAAUGUCAUUUUGUUUCUGUAUGUUCUUAGAUUGCAUAGUUCAACAAAGAAUGUUUGUAUUUGCUGUUGAACUGGUGAUUCAGUUUAUUUGCUUCUAAACUGUUGAGGUUUGCACAUGUUCAUGUUUGUUGCUUUAGUAAAGGCAAGGUUAGAAUAACAGAGGAUGAGUGAUGAUUAAGUGUUUUUGGUAUUAAGAGUACGUAGAAGUGUUCAUUUUGAUGCAUUAGAUCACAUUCUCCCUUCAGAGGAAUAAUUACAUGAUUUCCCGUGUAUGCUGCUGAGUGCAAAAUCUGGUAUAUAUACAAUCUCAUUGUAUAUAAAGAAUUUCCUGCUGGGAUUUAUCAACAUAAGAUCAACAAAAAGAGUGUACUCAAGUUUCAAUAUGCUGUUGCAGGCAUAUUUCUCUGUUACCUAUCUUCUGAUUUAUCAAAGUCUGGUAGGGAAUAAAGAGUCUUUUGAAACGUGCGUAUCAAGUGUAAAAUUAAAAGCUACUUUAACUAGUCUUCUCCACACAGAUCAUAUAAUCCUUUAAAAUGCCACAGUGGUUAAUAAUUAGCUCAUUCUGUUAUCAUUUAUGACAUUAAGUUUAGUGAGACCUAGACGUGGUGUAGUCAUUGUAUCCUAUUACAAUCCUAGCUGUAAAAACAGGGAGAAAAUUAAUUUUAUAAAUGUGCAGGGUUUGAUUUCAGUAGCAUUCAUCAUUCAGAAUUCUAAAUGUUUGGAAUAUUUUUUCUCAUGUGGUAUGAUUAAACAUUUUCAUAGUCAUGAGUUACUUCCAGCCAGUUAGGCCAGCUUUUUGUCAUGAGUGGUGAUUAUGGUUCUCCUAAGAUGAGAGACAAUGAAUGACUUAACUCAGAGAAGGGCAAAAGAAUGGAGAUACUGCUGCAUGUGUUGCUGUCUGUAAGGCACUAAUUUACACUCAACUGUAGACAUACCAUAACACAGAACAAAGCAAAGCCUUAGUGGAUAGAUUAGAAUGCUUGCAGUGUGUUGGAUAAAGAUAGUAUACGAGUAGAAGGAUAGAACACAUGCUGAAGAAGAACCUGAGCAAAAAAGAAGGAACUAUAUCUCCAUUCGUGCAAGCAUUUUGCAGAGGCCAUUUUACACGUGAAAAUCUAAACUAUAGUUCCUUAUCAACUCACUACUUGGACUUCCUUUAUUCCAACCAGAAGAAGAACAUCUGUGUUGCUGGGACCAUAUCUCCAUUUGGCUGUUUAUGUACUGGUUUUGUUUGUUUAUCGUUGGUCUUGUCAUUUGCUUUUAAGUAAAUAUCGUAGGACAGCUUCAUAAAGAAAUGUAAGCAUCGCACGUCAGAGUUUUGCAGUUUGUAAAAGAGUAGCCUGUGGAAGAAAUGGAAGCCUGUGAUCAGCAUAGCACAUUCUGUGUUCAAGGAAGGCAAAAUUAAAUGCUCUCCCUUCUAUAGAAGUGUAAGCAGGUAGUUCUGCUGUACAGGGAGGCACACGUCAUGUAGUAAUCAUAGAUUGGAAUACUCUUCUAGAUGCUGUCACUCAUUUCAAGAGAACUUCAAAUUCAUUAGCAGUAGAUGGUGUCUAUGUUCCGUGCCAUAAAUACAGUAAUUGGAGCAUUCAAGCCAAAUGGGACAGAUUUGAUAUCUACCUCAUCUGAAGCCAUAGGAUGGAGAAUACUCAGUGUUGAUGACAUGCCAAAGCGUGAAAAAACUGUUAAAGGUUAUUCUGCAAUCCCACUGGUGAUGGUCAUAACCUUGUAUAUUUAAGGAUGUGAAUGUGGAUCACAAAGCAUAUUUUUAUAAUGGAAAAUAUGUGUAAGGCUAUAUUAAUACAUCCUUUUUUUUUUUUUUUUGACAUGCUUAAAUGACCUAUUCUUACUUCAGUAUCUAAAAUCAGGGUGGAGGGAUAUGUAAGAUUAGGUUAAUGCUGCUUAUUAUAGCUUAUGUGGUUGGGGCUUAAGUUGUUUCAGAGUAUUAGGAGAUCUUCAGAAUUAAACUUGAUGUGGAAAAGAGGGUAGUAUGAAUUUAGAUAUGGUCUUUUUUAAUGCACUUUUGCUCAAGGGGGUUUGAGUCCAGGCAAAACACAAGAUAUGAAAGUGCUGAGCAACAGGCAAAAAGCCAGAAAACUUUCAUUAAAAAAAAAAAAAAAAAAAAAAAAAAACCCUCAAACUGAUUGGAGUUAUUUGUCUCUUUUAAGAGAGGUUAUAUAUUGCGUGCAUUGAUAAAUGUACUUAAACACAUUUUACAGAGGAUUCCAGCUGUGGUUUAAAAUUGCAUAUAACUUAAAAUGUGCAUGUUCAUACCUUACUUUGACAAGAUGCUUGUCUUAAGUCUUGCCAAAAUCACAUCAAUGUUGUUUCAAAUUGAUUUACAAUAGUUUUUACGUAGCAACAUUCAAAACGUCCUGUUGUUGGUGACAAUGAGAAAAUAUAUUACGUGUUUUUUCACCUAUUUUUUGUUGUUUCACACACUUGAAAAAUACUUGAAAGAAAAGUACAAUUGUUUUUCUGUAUAAUGCAAAUAAAGUUCAAGAUUAAUUUAUUUUGACAGCCCAAA